UCCGCGAGCCGACCUGCGGCUGUUACCCCGAGGAGCGCGGACGCAGGCAUAUCAUGUGGGCCCUGGUGAGUUGGGUGGCCUUGCUGGUAGGGCUGGUAGCUGGAACCCGGUGCCCAGAUGGUCAGCACUGUCCUGUGGCCUGCUGUCUGGACCCAGGAGGAAGAGCCAACUACAGCUGCUGCCGCCCCGUGCCCGACACAUCGGCCGGGAUGCUGAGUGGACGUCUGGGCAGACAUUGCCAGAUCGGUGCCCACUGUGCCUAUGGCCACUCCUGUGUCCUCACUAUCUCAGGCACUUCCAGUUGCUGCCCAUUCCCAGAGGCUGUGUCAUGUGGGGAUGGCCGCCACUGCUGCCCCCGGGGCUUCCACUGCAGUGCUGAUGGGCGGGCUUGCUUCCAACAGUCAGAGACCACCUCCGUGGGUGCCGUCCAGUGCCCUGGGAGCCAGUUCGAAUGUCCCGACUCCUCCACAUGCUGCGUCAUGGUGGACGGCUCCUGGGGGUGCUGCCCCAUGCCAGAGGCUUCUUGCUGCGAGGACAGAGUGCACUGCUGUCCCCAUGGUGCCGUCUGCGACCUGGCCCACACCCGCUGCAUCAUGGUCACUGGCACCCAGCCUCUGGCCAAGAAGAUACCUGCGCGGAGGACUAACAGGCCAGUGGCGUUAAUGGCUCUGCCCACCUCUGUCACAUGCCCUGAUGGGCACUCCCUAUGCCCUGAUAACUCCACCUGCUGUGAGCUGCCCAGUGGAAAGUACGGCUGCUGCCCAAUGCCCAAUGCCAUCUGCUGCUCCGAUCACCAGCACUGCUGUCCCCAGGACACCACGUGCGACCUGAUCCGGAGUAAGUGCAUUUCCAAGGAGAACACUACAGACCUCCUCACCAAGCUGCCAGCACACACAGUGCAGGACGUGAAGUGUGACAUGGAGGUGAGCUGCCCAGAUGGCUACACCUGCUGCCGUCUAGCCUCAGGAGCCUGGGGCUGCUGCCCUUUCUCGCAGGCGGUGUGCUGCGAGGACCACAUACACUGCUGCCCGGAGGGGUUUAAGUGCCACACAGAGAAGGGCACCUGUGAACUGGGGCUCCAGCAGGUGCCAUGGAUGGAGAAGGUGCCAGCUUCUUUGAGCCUGCCAGCUCCACGAGCCCUGAGCAGUGAAGUCAAAGUCACCUGUGACCCCCUCACCAGCUGCCCCACCUCUAGCACCUGCUGCCCACGCGCAUCUGGGCAGUGGGGCUGCUGUCCUGUCCCAGAGGCAGUUUGCUGCCAGGACCAGCAACACUGCUGCCCGCGGGGCUACACGUGCACGGCCGAUGGGCACUGUCAGUGGCAGAAUGCCACCACAGCAGCCACCCUGCCAAAGACACCUGCCCGCCAGGCUCCCCCAUCCCACCGCCCCAGGGACAUUGGCUGUGACCAGCACACCAGCUGCCCGGUGGGCCAGACCUGCUGCCCGAGCCUUGGUGGAGGUUGGGCCUGCUGCCAGCUGCCCCAUGCCGUUUGCUGUGAGGACCACCAGCACUGUUGCCCUGCUGGCUACACGUGCAACGUGAAGGCCCGCUCCUGCGAGAAGGAAGUGGACUCCAUCCAACCAGCGGCCCACCUGUUGGCCGGUCCCCGUGAGGGUGUUGGGGAUGUGGAGUGCGGCGCAGGACGCUACUGCCACAACAACCAGACCUGCUGCCGAGACAGCCUAGGGGGCUGGGCCUGCUGUCCCUACCGCCAGGGCUCCUGCUGUGCAGACCACCGCCACUGCUGUCCUGCUGGCUACCGCUGCUCAAGCAAGGGCACCAAGUGUUUGCGUGGGGAGUUCCCACGCUGGGACAUGCCCCUGAGGGACCCACGCCCCAAGCAGCUGCUGUGAGGUGGGGCUGAGGUCAGGAAAGACACGGCAGUCCCCAGGGCCCUGUCCAGAGGGUGCGCACUGCUCAGGCUCCCCCCCAAUCCAGUGCCCAUCACCCUGGCACUGGAGAGAGACCUCCAGCUCAGACCUUCCCCAGCAGAAGGGGUACGGGGAGGAGAGGGGCUGGGGCAGAAGCCACCUUACAAGCUGCCAUGCUCCCCACUCCCAGUUUCUGUCCACCCUGUGGUCAGGUGCUGUCCCUUAUCCACAGGGGUGUGUGUGCGUGUGUGUGUGUGUGCAGAUGUGUGUGCUUCAAUAAAGUUUGUACACUUUCUUACCAGCA